AUGCCGAGCUCAAAAAGUGAGGCCAUGCGUGGCCUGGCUGUGUUUAUAUCGGAUAUAAGAAACUGCAAGAGUAAAGAAGCGGAGGUGAAACGCAUUAACAAGGAACUUGCGAAUAUAAGAUCGAAGUUCAAGGGCGACAAAACGCUCGAUGGUUACCAAAAGAAGAAAUACGUUUGCAAGCUGCUUUUCAUAUUCCUCCUUGGUCACGAUAUCGACUUCGGUCACACAGAAGCUGUUAAUUUACUGUGCUCUAAUAGGUACACAGAAAAACAAAUUGGUUAUUUAUUCAUAUCUGUCUUGAUUAACGAAGCACACCCACUGAUGAAUUUAGUCAUUACAAGGCUAAAAGAUGACCUGUCCAGUCGCAACCCAGUGUUCGUCAACCUCGCCCUCCAGUGCAUUGCAAACAUCGGUAGCCGUGAAAUGGCUGAAAAUUUUGUCCAGGAAAUCCCUAAACUUCUCGUUUCUGGAGACACCAUUGAUUCCAUUAAACAAAACGCAGCUCUCUGUAUGCUACGGCUUAUUCGCAUCGCCCCAGAGUUGGUUACAUACGACGAUUGGACUGUCCGUACCAUACAUCUUUUGAACGACCAGCAUUUGGGUGUCGUUACAUCUGCAGUCAGUUUGAUCGAUGCACUAUUGAUUACAUCGUCCUACACAGAUCUGCAGGAUUAUACCUACUAUUUUGUUACUGCUCCCUGGUUAUCGGUGAAGCUAUUACGACUGUUGCAGAACUAUCCGCCACCCGAAGAUACGACUGUCCGAGCCCGACUCACCGAAUGUCUAGACACUAUUCUGAAAAAGGUUCAAGAGCCGCCAAAAUCUAAAAAAGUGCAACACCCGAAUGCAAAGAAUGCCGUCCUGUUCGAGGCCAUUAACUUGAUCAUUCAUAUGGAUUGUGAUUCGAAAUUACUUGUUCGUGCCUGUAAUCAGUUGGGCCAAUUCCUACAACAUAAGGAAACCAAUCUGCGCUAUUUGGCUCUGGAAUCUCUCUGCCUGUUAGCAACCAGUGAAUUCAGUCACGAAGCAGUCAAGAAGCAUCAGGAAACUAUUGUGAACGCACUCAAAGUAAGCGCUUUUUCUUCUGGACACCCAUGCAUGGAUCUCACCGUGAAUAACUCAUCUGUGCUCUUCCAGUUGUGGGAAACUACUCCAAAUUUCAACACUUAUUUACCACCAGUUCUAGUGCAUAUUUGGUGCCCGGCACCAUACGGGCUAAAACUUCUUGAGCUAGAGUCCGGCUGGUGUUUGCAUUUACAACCCUAA